AUUUGGAAAGUGGCCCAAUGCGAACGUGUUUUCCCUUUCGAGCGAGCGCCAUUCAAUCCGGCAUUGUUCGCCGUUUCAAACUUAAGUGAUUAGUGCACUGAGUGUGAGUGUGUAAACAGAGACAAAGACCGGCUCGUUCGGACACCUGUGGACCGAAAUUCGUGCUCUCUGUGGCUCUGGUGGCAUCGAAGCAGGCGGGAAAGUGAACCGAACGCGGAAACCGUGCCUCUAGAUGUCAAUUUACCCGCUCCGAAUUAAAUCACAUUGCAUUGCUUGUAGGGACGGUUAGUCCAACUCUCUAUUCACGUUGGACCGACAGAGUGCGUAACGAAGCUUGAAAACAAUUGGGAAAUUCGAUAUCCAUCUCGGCGGGUCGGAUUGCGGUGGCUUAACCUGUGGUAUUUCCACUUUUUAUCGCAGUUUAUGUGUUAACACAUGUGACUGGGGAGCCUCAACGAGCAAAUAUAACCAUUCAUAUGGGAAGUUUUUUUUUUGCUGUCCACCAAUUCUAUGAAGUGUUUUACGCAAGAUGAAAUGUGAGUAUGACAUGGAGUUCAUAUUUUUCUGUGAAUAGCGUGAAUAGCAUACUCGACUUCAAAGGACAGUGAAUUUGAAUCUCAACCGUCGAACUAAAAGCACGUCGCCUGCUGCGUUUCUCUGGUGGUUUUUACUGGAAUUAAAAAAAACACUGAAUCGAAGUAGGUGAAUGAAAGUGGCACCAGCGAAUAAUAAAUCAAACAAAAACGAAAAGGAAUCAUAGCACAGCAUAGCCUCCUGUGGUUCGGAAACUAAUUGAAAUUUACCGCGAGUGAGCCGUUAGUUGAGAACAAGUGGCAGCAAUAGUCGAAGCAAAUAACGGUGAUGUCGUGCUGCGAAGAGAAAAGGAUCCAGCACAGUGUUGAGUAGUGAUUGAGUGAUUUCAAUUUUGCACGAUCACGAACGUAUAGAGCAGUUCCUGGCGAGGGGUGUCCAGGAAUAGUAUUAAGUGCGUUUGUGUGUAUGAUACAAAGUAAAGUGGUUGGCGAGAAGAACAACUGGUGACUAACAACGAAGGAAAUCAAAUUUGCAUAGGAUUUGUGCAAACUGUUUUAAUGCUGCUGGAAGUGGAUUAGUGGCAGACUCCGGGACCCGCUUUUUCGCUCGAGACAGAUUUAACCGUGGGCCAUCGUGCCGUGGAGAUAUUGUAACCUGAGUAAAUUAAUUUUUCUCCGUGUUUCACUUUCCACUCCGUACACCCUAAUUGAAGGUUUUUCACUACAAGCUCAAGGAUUAUUGUCAACAACGCUGUUCUAAAACUACACAUAGGGCAUCCAGGUCGCCACUCUUGAACCUUUUCACCGAUUCCAACCGCAUCCGCUCGUUUCGUUGGAUAUUAUCCUUUUCGCCUCGUUUGGAAGUGAGAUCCCUUCUAGCCAUAUUGUUCAGCGACCAACCAUCGCAUCGUCGCCUACUACCAAACCAUGUGAGCAACACUCGUUUACCCGAUGCGUAGCAGCAGAAGCACCAUCUCAUAUCGCACCGCCUACUGCGGCUCAGAUGCUGCAAGCAGAAAGCCAAAAAGAAUGUAGAAUGAAAAUUCCAAGCACCAACAAUUACACUGUCCAUUGCUGCUGCUGCUGCUGCUCGUCCCUUGGUUGUUGUCCGGUCGAGGCCCCCGUUAGCAAGUUGGACAACGCAAUAUGCACAUUACUUCACAUGAUGGACGAAGUAGAGGACGAUCCGGAGGCGCCUCCAUCAUUGGACCGGGAAAAAUACUACUCUGCUGCGUGCACAUUCUUCUCGUGCUGAUCAACGAUGCGUUCGUUGAUGGAUUGCGCAAGGGGAGGCUCAUGGUGCCGGCCAGCUACACAGCCCAAAUGGACGAUUUGGACAUCCAAUUGCAAACGGAGGACAAAGCGGCAGCCGAGUUGAUGGCCAACGAUGCAACCGAUCUGAAGCUACAAAUUUCGCAUGUCAAACCCACCGGUGGAACGACAAUCUCCCUGCUGGACAUAAAGCCGGAUGCGAAUCACAACGUGACGCAAAUAAAGAUUCCCUGCGGUUAUUUCAUGCACGGGGGGCUUUACGAGUUGAGUAUUGAGCAGCCUGCAGCAAUCGACGCGGCAAAUGCAGGAAUGGAGUUCGAUGAGCGAUUGCGACAGCAGUUGAAUGUGAGUUGGCCUACGCCAACCGUGAGUUUAGUGCCUAGUACGAUCAGUACAUACCCGGAGGAACUUGUCCGAGGGAGUCUUCAGUUCGCGGACGUUAGAUGUCCGAAUGCGAUGGCGAUUGAUGACGAUUCGGUUGAUGUGCCGGAAUUCUGGCUUGAGCUGGUCUACUGCGGACAUAACGAGGCGUGUCCACUGGAAACAGUUUCUAAGCCGCAGAUUUUGUUCUCGGAGCAGGUCCGAGGUUUUCCUAGUUCUAGAGUGAUUAAUUUUCGCUGUGAUCUUUUCGGAUUAGCCGGAUAUUAUCUGUUACAUUUACGCUCGGCCAACCAGGACCCAACGUUAGAAGGGGCUUUGCGUGGGGCCAGAGCUCUGUUGAAAGCGGAUUGGAGCAAACAGUACGUUUUUACUGUUCACGCCCGAAGUAUAUUUCCAUGUGAUGCUCACAGCUCCGGAAUCCACGUCCUGUUCCAGUACCCUUCCUGCAUCCUGAACCAAUCGGAUCGGGUGAGGGUUUACGCUAAACUCAGAGCGGACGUAUCAUCACUAGUGCCUCCAACUUCGCUGCAUUACAUCGCCGAGCAACGGGUUAUGAAAGGGCAGCAUGCGCUGUAUUUCGAGUGCGACCUUUUCUACGAAAAGUACAUCGAGUACUGCUUCGUUUACGUGAGCCAGGCAAUUUCCGGUGCCGUCGCCGAUAUACGGAUGGACUGUGUGCCGACGCUUCCGGUCUCGCCCUCCGAUUCCGGUGGAUGGGGACCGUGGAGCAACUGGACGCAUUGUUCGACUACCUGCCGAGGUGGAGUGAGGAAUCGGUAUCGGUUUUGCGAUUCGCCUCCCCCGCGAUAUGGAGCGAAGUUUUGUGAGGGUGCCUCCGUACAGACCGAACGCUGCGGCACGCAAACAUCGUUCGACUCAUGGGAGUGCAUGUUCAGUCCGGGGGCCGGCAGCAACCUUCCGUCGGAAAUCGCCGAUGUAAGUACGGAGGUUGGACCAGCCUGUCGGUGCGGCUGCAUCAUUCACUUGGGAGCGGUCAAACCCAAACGACUGAUAGCGUCCUCGUCGGAGAGUUGUCCGGAGCGGAGUCUGUGGUUGGUUCAGGGAGAUGAAGGACACCGGAUACGCUUCACCGUAGACUUCAGCAAGUUCCCGUGCGACCAACAGUGGUUGAAAGUUCGCGAUGGCGACAAGCUUUCGCACGAGUUGAUCCUGGAGUACGCAUCGGGUCAUAUAGAAUCCGGUAAGAGUGCCGACUCGACGGGUCCCCGUCUGCUGGUGGAUUUCCACUCGAAAAAGAUGGAACACUAUGACGAGAACUGUAUUGCUGGAUUCGUGGGACAGGCGGAGCAGAUAAAAAUCUUACCCAACAACGUGUCCAUUUCGAUGGCCAGUAAAGUCAUCAUGCCAUUCGUGCAAUCAUUUAGCUAUGCCAAUCUCACCUUAGCUCACAUAUGUGCAAUAGUAUUUAUAAGUUUCAUUAUCUUUAUAAGUUUUCUGCUUUUGGUGCAGUACGUUUUUCGAUAUAGGAAAUACGAACUGGCAACGAGUCGGAUGGAACCGGACUCGCCAGCGCAUACCCUGUUCGGUUCCGCUGUAUCGUUGAGCAAUGCGCAGCAACCGCGGUCACGUGCCAUGUCGACGACCACGUUGAUAUCGGAAAUCGUUUCCUAUGUGAAACUGCGACCCAAGAAGGGUUCCGUCAAACAUGACCGGCUCCGCGAAAGCGUAGAAUACAGCAUAGAAAAUUUCGACGUACCUUCGGACGGCAGUACUGAGCUUAGUGGGAAGGCCUUAUCGACGGAAAAGGUUGAUGAAAUUCCACUGCAAACACUCAACAAUCUGGAUCAUCCCAAUGGAAGUUCAGCUGAUUCAUCGAGGGAAAUCGUUGAACCCUACUCAGACGAUCAGUCGACGAAUGUGAGUUCAGCUUACUCGACGUUGAAUAGGGAAGAGACGCCGCUGGUGGAACGAAGAGUACAAAAAACGACUCCCGAGCGAAGGAAUCAGAGCAAAAGUGAAGGGGAAGGAUCACCAAACGAGAAGACACCUCCCGUAAGCAGUGCCAGUACAAUUACCUUGACAAACAUCAGUCCAUCGGAUAUUGAAUGUUCCUCGCCGGCAUCCAGCGUGGCCAACACCAUCCGCAACCGGACGCGCAACCUCAAGGAGAGCAAAGAGAAGAAAAACCUCCAAAAACUUCUGGCCGGGUCGGACUUCUCCCUGGGCCACCCGGAAGACAUGGAGAUGGACUACUACGAUUACAACGUGACCAACGCUGGAGCGGCCCCCGGUUCGUAUCUCGGAAUGGAUCCCGCUUUUUUAGUGUGGAUCCCUCCGCUCAACGAUGAGGACAUCACCGAAGAGGUCGAACUGGAGUCGGCCAUCAACGAUCGUGAAGGCUCUGAACCGCGUAGCUCCAACGUGACCCCAAACGAAGAAAUCGUGAAAAUCCUCCAGCAACGCCGGAACGACUACCUGAUAGUGAACAGUAUUUCCAAGAGCGACAUCUAUGCGGAAGUGCAAGACGUACCGCAAUCGAUGGUGGUUGAUAAUCGUUCCGUCAGAGAUUCUCCGGCCGUGACUAUUAGCAGGAAGAACCACCUCCAGGAACUGGCAUUCCACAACGCCCGCAGAAAAACCAGUCCCCCAAUGGGGGAGGAAUUCAUCGAAGACGAACGGGAAAAGGAAACGUCCUUUACCAAGUCGCCCGUGGACAAUAAGCAGAUUUCCGAUCUGUACGAUUCGGCGGACAUUCAGUUUGCUGACGACGAAGAGGAGGACGAAGAUGAACCCGUUGUGGCCGUUCCGAAUCCAUCGAAACCGGUAAAAUCGACCAAAGUGUGAAACGCGUGUACAAUUCUUAACCGUUAAACGGGGCAUAUCGGUAGUAGUUGGAUAGAAAGUCUUUUUUAGCUUUUCGGUUUUUUAGAAACUCCAACAAAAGAAUGGGACCUCUUUUUUAUUCAGUCAUACAAUCAGAAGGCUGCCUGAUGAAUUGACAAACAUAUAUUUACACCGAUUGAACCGACGAGUGAUGAUUGGACGAUGUAGCUCAAAAGUAGGAAUUGUGUAAACGAAGUGUGGAUAGAUGCCUUGCUUAAUUUAAAUCCCCUUUCCGUUAAAAAAUGAUUCGCAACUAUUGUUUGUUUCGAGUAAAUACGUAGUUAAUAGCCCUAGGAAUUGAGUCGAUCACUGAUUGCGACUUCAAAGUAAACAGAUAUUAUUUUACCGAGUUCUACGUCUUUGUUUGAAGAGAAAGAUAAAAGAAACAAUAUCAAAUUAUGAAACAAUCACAUCAAUGUACCUAGCUGGAUUUACUAGCUACUUAUCUGAAUUGCAAAUGAAAGUGUUAGUAUUCCUGUGUUAUUUUCCGCGUUGUAUGUUCAAUAACUAUUGAAAUGCACGAUUGCCAUAAAACAAGAAAGGGUGUCAUGAUCGCCAUGUUCUGAGAACACAUAAAACAUGGCGAUCGUGACAUACUUUCUUGUUAUAUGGCAACCGUGCAUUCCCUUAGUAGACUUUACAUACAAGUUUCAAAAGGAACCUUCAGUGAUUGAAUGUAGCAAUUUUGAUUUGAAAACAAAUCCCUACAAAGUUUGAUUUGACUAAAAUAUGCACUUCAUUAUUUAAAGUAAAAUCCGAUUGAAACUUAUCUGAAAACAAUACAAUCUUGUUUAUGGCUUCGAAAGAAAUAUAUGUACAUUUAUUAAAUAACUCUUGAUGAGGCUGGAAUUAAUAGGUUAAAAAUGUCAUGAUUGAAACAAAUGAUCAUUAUUUAUUGAGCAUAAUUAGUAAUUCAUUCAUAAAUCUUGUUCAUUUUUUUUUGUCAAAUUCAUCAAAAUUAUGCAUGAGAUGAUUCAUUUCAUGGGUUACUGUUCAAGCCGUUAUAUCUUACACCACUUUUUUGCCAAGUUACAAGCAAUAUACUAUAGAUAUUUGAGUU